UGCUUCCCGAGCAGGCUGUCCCGGACAGGCGCUCUCGGGAAAGGCUCUCUCCGGGCAGGAUGAGCCCAGGAGGUCGCUCCCAGGGCAGGCUGUCCCCGGGCAGGCUGUCCCCGGGGAGGGCCGUCAGCCCCGCCGCCAUGUCGGGGGGGGGGGGGGGGCGCGGGGCUCCCCCAUGGCCGUGACGCGCGUUGCCAUGGCGACGGCCGGGCGGCGUUGGGGGGGUGGCGGGAUGACAACAAAUAUGGCGGAGAGGAGCAGGACGGCAGAGACGGCAACAGGCAGUGCCAUUGGAAGUGAUGACAUCAUAGCAGGGAACGUGAGCAAGUACAUUGUUCUCCCAGCUGGUUACUGUGGACAGCCUAAAAAAGGACAUCUCAUAUUUGAUGCCUGUUUUGAAAGUGGGAACCUUGGCCGUGUGGACCACGUCACAGAGUUUGAGUAUGACCUCUUCAUUAGGCCAGACACCUGCAACCCACGCUUCCGGGUCUGGUUCAACUUCACUGUGGAAAACGUGAAGGAAUCACAGAGAGUAAUUUUCAAUGUUGUCAACUUCAGUAAAACAAAAAGCCUCUACAGAGAUGGGAUGGCUCCAAUGGUGAAAUCCACAAGCCGUCCAAAAUGGCAAAGAAUCCCCUCCAAAAAUGUGUAUUACUACCGCUGCCCAGACCACAGGAAGAACUACGUCAUGUCCUUCGCUUUUUGCUUCGACCGAGAGGACGACACUUACCAGUUUGCCUACUGCUACCCCUACACCUACACUCGCCUUCAGCACUACCUGGACAACCUCCAGAGGAGGAACAUGGACUAUUUCUGCAGGGAACUGCUGGGGCUCAGCGUGCAGAAACGGCGGCUUGACCUCCUGACAAUAACCAGCCCCGCAAACCUGCGUCCAGGAGCUGAACAGAAAGUGGUGUUCAUCACUGCCCGGGUCCAUCCUGGGGAAACGCCCUCUUCCUUCGUCUGCCAAGGCAUAAUUGAUUUCCUUGUCAGCCACCAUCCAAUUGCAAAAGUACUGAGAGACCACCUGGUCUUCAAGAUUGCUCCCAUGCUCAAUCCUGAUGGAGUUUACCUAGGAAAUUACAGGUGCUCCCUGAUGGGGUUUGAUCUGAACCGGCACUGGGCAAAUCCCUCUCCGUGGGCUCAUCCCACCCUGCACGGAGUGAAGGAGCUCAUCAUCGACAUGUACAACAACCCGAAGAUUAACCUGGAGUUCUAUAUCGACAUCCAUGCCCACUCCACCAUGAUGAAUGGCUUCAUGUAUGGGAACAUCUUUGAAGAUGAGGAAAGAUUUCAGCGACAGGCUGUUUUUCCCAAGUUACUCUGUCAGAAUGCUGAAGACUUCUCUUAUUCCAGCACGUCAUUCAACAGGGAUGCUGUGAAAGCUGGGACAGGCCGGCGCUUUCUUGGCGGGCUCUUAAAUGACACAUCCUACUGCUACACCCUGGAGGUCUCCUUCUACAGCUACAUUUUGGGUGGAACCGCUUCUGCCGUGCCCUACACCGAAGAAGCCUAUAUGAAGCUUGGAAGAAAUGUGGCCAGGACAUUCUUGGAUUACUACAGGCUGAACUCCUUGGUGGAGGGACCACUAGCACCUACUCCUAAAACUCGGAAGGACAACGUGCCACACUAUAAAUGCCCUGCCCAGCGGGGCCCAGGGAACAGCCAGGCUGGAGGGAAACCCGGGAAGAGGAGCCAGGCGCACCUGAAGGACCCGUCUCUCUCCACACGCUGAGGAGAGGGGACAGGAGAGGAGAGGAGAGCUGUAGGACAAUGCGGAGCAACACGUCGCAGUCAGGAAUCAAUGAUGUUUCUCUUUUUUUUUUUCCCCAGACAAACAUUUCUAAGAUAACAAAUAGUCCAAGGAGCAAAGAGGGAGAGGGAAAUUAGCUAGAAAUUUUACUAUUGAUUCUUUUUUAUUUAUAGAUGGUGAAUCAAUUUCAGGGAUUUUUUUUUUUUUUUUUCUAUCUGUAGGUGAG